AUGCCAGACUUUACUUUCAGCACGUAGACCAUCAUUACAUCCUUCAUCAUCAUAGUUUUUGAUUUACUGUCUAACUACUGUCUAACUAAUCUGGAUAACGUGUUCGUGUGCCAGGUCAUCCCAAAUCGGCAUAUUCCAGCAAACCAGAGUCAGGGCUUAUCCAGGUUUCUGAAACCAGGAAAUGACGUUUACAUCUGCAAACACAUAACCAGGAUACAACAAAAACCCGAUCAUAACUGGGAUACUGAUGCAUGAUCCGGCACAGCGGUUCCCAAUCUUGGGGUCAGGACCUCCCGAAGGGUCACAAGAUAAAUCUAAGGGGAAAAAACAUUUAUGCUACAUAAAUAUAUAAAGUCUUCUAAAUUCAAGGUUAACUUGGCCGUAUCCCUGCCAGCCUUCGGUGUCAUUCACUGAGGAAGGCCGGGAGAUACGGAAAAGCUAGCAAGUGAGUUUAGUCUAUUUCAUCACAGAUAUGUGAUGUAAUAGAUGUACGUUUAUUUUUUGGGACAUUCUUCUAAUGUAUGCUUUUUUUGUAGAGCAUUACUGGAGAAUUUUAUCUCUUUAGGCAUUUAAAAGUUAUUUAAAUAAAACAGAAAAGGCACUCUUUGGUUGUCAGAAGUAAAUAUUGCUUUGUUUUAAGGGGUCGCCCACCAAAACUGGUCUGGCGCAGGCAAUGGAAGGAGUAUAUUUUACAGUCCAUGGAAACAAAAGUGGAUUUUUAUGUUUGGAUUUCAUUGUUCUUUGGAGAGUGAAGCGUGGCUCCUCCUCGAUAUCUUAUCCUUAAGGAGCUUCCUACACCUCCCAUCUCUUACGGGAAGCCCUGCCCAUCGUCUGGCUCCUCGCUUCAGUUUCACUACAUCCUCUGAACAACAGUCAACUCACACCAACAUCACUGUACAUUCUGAUGUUUUUCUGCUCUGACCAGCAGCAGCAGCAGCAUGCCUCGGCUCAGCCCCUGUGUCAAGUGUCUCUUCAUCAGCUUCAACAUCUUCUUCGUGAUCAUGGGUGUGCUCAUCGUCAUCAUCUCCCUGGCUCUGCUGUCUCCAUCGCUGGACGACCUGCAUGGAGCAAAUGAUUUAGAAGUUCAGACAACCAGUCGCAUCGUCCUCUACAUUGUUGGCUCUGUUACCGUGGUGAUCGCCAUCUUGGGAGCCUAUGGAGCCUAUAAGGAGAACCGGGGGGCUCUGAUUGUGUUCCUGGUGUGUAUGGUGACUGGAUCUCUGCUGAUGCUGCGAGCUGGAGUCUCCGCUGCCGUCGCCCGACCCAAGUUGGAGAGUCUGACGGAGGAAAGGUGGCGUUCGUUUCUUCCACUGAAUCAGGCUUCGGACGACAUCAAGAAUCAGGUUGAAGUUCUGCAGACAUCGCUGCACUGCUGUGGUCUGUUUAGUUAUAAGGACUGGGGGGAGAACAUCCCCAAGUCCUGUCUGUGCAGCCAGGAGGAGGCGGAGGAGGGGAAGUGUCAGACCGUCAACUACGGAAACUUCCUGUUGAACUAUUUCCGGCAGAAGAAGUCUGUCUUCGUACAGAACUGCUUACCCCUCAUCAUGGACUCUGUUACAACAAAUGCUAACAUCAAACUGGCCGUCGUCUUCACUCUGUUUGCCCUGGCGCUGCUGGGCUUGGUGCUGUCUUCGCUGAUGAUCUACCAGAUGUCUGUACCAGUGAUGUUCAUCGACGAACCGCCUGCCUACCAGCAGCUGUACAACCUGGCAGAGUGCCUUGAUGUUGGAGAAGCCAAGACGCUGUGAAGAGGACUGGACUGGACUAUUAUUGCAUGUCAAGAACCGCCGAGGGUCAAAAUCAUGAUGUCUACCUGCGUCGCACCUCUGCCAUAACCUGUGACCUCUGACGCCUUCCCAGGAUCGAGUUCAUUGGCCAAUAUAAUACUAAUAUUUCAUAGUCACACAGCCCUCACGCAAAUCUUCAGAAUGUAAACACUGUUAGACGCCUGUUUUGCUGCUGGAAAAGUUGACUUUAGUACUUUGAACAUAUUCUAAAGCAUUUCAUUCAUAUUGUCAGUUUGCUUACGCUAUACGUCGUAGAUAUGCAGUAUAAUGUGCUCAUACCAGUGGCAAAUUAGCUCUAUCCCGUCAGUCUUACCUUUUAAAGGUCCAGUGUGGAGGAUUUAGUGCCAUCCAGCGGUGAAACUGCAGUUUGCAACCAUUUGAACACCGCUCGCCUCGCCCUCCCCUUCCAAGUGUGCAGGAGAAACUACGGUGGCCGCGAAAGGCCCUUUCUAGAGCCGGUGUUUGGUUUGUCCGUUCUGGGCUACUGUAGAAACAUGGCGGUGCAACAUGGCGGCCUCCGUGGAAGGGGACCCGCUCCCUCUGUAGAUAUAAACGGCUCAUUCUAAGGUAACGAAAACACAACAAUUCUUAUUUUCAGGGGAUUAUAAACUGAUGAAAACACACUAAUACAUUUUACCGCCAUAUUCUGCAAAUAGAUCACCCUAAAUGUUACACACUGAACCUUUAAGCAUCCGUUCUUAUAGCUAGAUGAACAGAUCCUGACACCAUCUUGUGGUAAUCUUUUAUCCGUAGCCUAUUUUAAAGAGCAGGUAGGCUAUGCCAUAGCAAGGCAAAAGACUGUAGACAACGAUGCUAUUCAAAGUUAACCUACAUUGAUACAUCUAUUGCAAACAUAACCAAAAUAAUCUAUUGUAAACAUAAUCUAGACAUCAGCCUACUGACAGACAAUGCAAGAGCAAUGCAUGCUAGUAUCAAAGUUAUUUAUUUGAGUUUACCGUGCUGUUAUUGUUCAUGUCUGCUGAAAAGGCAAAGAAAACAAAAAUAACAUUAACUAGCUAGCUCACAACAAAAGUAUUUCACAAUGUUCAGUGGUGGAAAGAAACAAUAAAACCGAAACCCGAAAAAUAUAUUUUUUAUCUCUGAUAAUAACUUGUGUUUACAAAGUAUUAUCAUCUUUCGGGACCUUGCAGGCUCCAUAAUUUAAACACUGAAAGUGGCCAUUUUGCGUAGUGAGUACUUCUACUUUUGAUGCUUAAAGUACAUUUUGCUGGUAAUAUUUACUUUUACUCAAGUAGAGUUGUGAGUGCAGGACUUUUACUUGUAACAGAGUAUUUUUACACUGUGGUAUUGUUACUUUUACUUCAACGUAAAGGAUCUGAGUACGUCUUCACCGCUGACGAUAUUAGCCACGUCUGUAAUUGGGCUGGUCGUUCAGAGACAGAUCAUCACGCUAGCAGCAUAUUUUAAAAAAUGUGUGUCACUAUAAAUAUAAGGCGCGGCGUCUUUACUGAUGUCCCAGCGGCGAGCAGCGAGUCUUGAGCGUCUGUCAGCCGCACGCUGUAAACAAACCGAUGACGCAAGCAGGACUACGACUCAAUUGGCUAUCUGGAAGUUGGGGCGUGGUCACGGCAGAGGUGCGCUGGGAAGAGUAACGACGCUGUUUACCCUCAUAGGAAGAGCAACGUGAAUAACUUACAUUAAAAUGGCUUUUUGGGAAAAAAAGACAUGAGGUUUGGGCAUGAAGUUUAGGUUUGGUGUUAGCUCUGGUGUCUGAACAGCAAACGCAAAUUUGUUUCGGGCCCAAAAAGCUGUUUUAUCGAUCACCUUCUUACUGAAACUCCUGGGAUCCUACGUGAACAGAAUUUUCUGCCAAAGUUAGAACAGUUUUGGAGUUUUUCAACGUACUAAUCAUGAGUUUAGCAACAUUUGAAUCCAAAUCUGAUGACAGUUGGUGGGUUGAUUGCGUGCUGCCAGAUCAAUUGAUGCUUAUUUAGUCAUGAAUGUUUAACGUCAUAGAGAAAAACUUCAAAGGAGCGUAAAUGUAAAUAUACUGUGUCAGGAAAAUAAAAAGUUGAUUUGCUGCA